AUGCCUCCAACCUCUGGACGUCGCAAGACUCAAGCCGUCCGGCCCAACAAUGAUGAGGAAGACACCGCCUCCAUUUCCGUGGCUCCAACUGGCCCAAGCAUGCUCCAGGGAACCAUGUCCAUGCAGACACUGACACCACAGCAGGUCGAGGUCGUCAUGGACAUGCUCGACCAGCUGCGAGAAGGUGGCGUGGAGAAAGAUGUCGCUCUGCCAGGCUUCGUGGCAGCGGGUGACACCAGCGCUGGAAAGAGCGCCACUCUGGAGCGUCUCGUGGGCAUUCCUUUCCCGGGCGGUACCGGUGUUGUAACUACUUUCGCGACGACUGUUACUAUGCGCCCAGCCAAGGAAGAGCGUGUCCAUGUCACCAUCGUCCCAGGGGACAAGCGUACGGAGGCCGCUGCGGCAGAGUUGCGCAAAUUUCAUCGCGAGAUCAGAUCUCCCGCCGAGUACGGUAAGGUCUACAACGAGGCUACUCAGGCCAUGAGCAAGCACCAAAAGUCCACUACUCUCCACGACGACCGACUUCAUGUGGAUGUCCGUGGUCCCGGCCGCUCACCUCUCUCCGUCAUCGACUUGCCAGGCCUGAUCCAUGCUCCGUUUGGCAACGUCACGGGUCUUGAUCAGAAGCUCAGCCACGAGAUAGUCAAGAAGUAUAUUUCUGGUCCUCGCACCAUCGUCUUGGCCAUCAUUUCUGCUGCGAACGAUGUUGCCAACCAGGCUAUUACCAGCUACACGCGCGAGGUCGACCCAGAAGGCAAGCGUACGAUGGGCAUCAUCACCAAGCCCGACUCUGUCAAGAAACAUUCUGAAAAUGAGAGCUCCUGGAUCCAGCUCGCGCAGAACGAUCUCAUCCCAUUGGACCUGGGCUGGCAUGUUCUAGUCAACAAGAUCGACAAGAACACGACUGCUACUCCAGCCGAAGUCGAUGGGAAUGAGUCAAAGUACUUCAGCCACGAUCGCUUCGAAGGCAUCUCAGAGCAGCAACUUGGCCUCGCAAGCCUGCGCCCGCGUCUCGAGGAGAUAGCAUCAGAACAACUCAUCGCCGUCCUGCCAGAAGUCGAGCGUGAGAUAGACAUGAAGCUCGCCAAAACCGAGGCCAAGGAGGCGGAGCUUGGAUUCUGCCGCACCAACAAGCGUGAGAGACGUGCUUUCAUCGCCGAACUCAGCAACAGCUUCCGCCAAAAGGCUCUGGCCGCGGUAGAAGGCUCUUACGCCGAUCGAGUUCAGCGCUUGACAGGCCAGAACGACGAGAAAUUGCUGUCCAAGGUACGUAUUGCCAACGACGGUUUCGCCGCCAAUAUGCGUCUUUACGGCGCUACGCUACGCAUCGAGGGCGCUCUCAACGUCGAGGAUGCCAAGUCUUCACCUCAGAGCAGCGCCGCAUCCGAGUACGAUACCUUUCGUAGCGAGGGCAAGGCUUCUACCCGCAAAGAUGCUCUUGUGUGGGUCAAAGGCAAAGUGAAUGAAUGUCGCGGUUCCGAACUCCCUGGUGCGACCAACUCAGGCGUCGCCAAAGAACUGUUCUGGCAGCUUGCUUCAAAGUGGGAGAACUUCGCCACCACGCACGUUGAGAAGGUCUUCCAGCUCUGCAAAAAGUUCGCAGAUACCCUGCUUACCACCGUCCUCGGCAAAGGGGCCGCGGAUCCCAAGGGUAGGAUCAAGACGACGUAUAUCGAUCGCAAGCUCCAAGCUGCCAAGCAAGAGGCUCUCAAGCGUGUCGAGAGGUUCGUCGAAGCGCAGAACACGGCUCUCUAUACGUACGAUUACGCCAGCAACCAGCGCGCACGCAACAGUUUCUACCUCGACGCUAUCCGUGGCAAUAACGGCAACACACCUCCGUACACCGCCCACGAACAGCAAGCAGUCGAGGCACUCGACCAGGCCAUGGCCAUCUAUUACGUCCGCCUCAACUACUUCGUCGAAGCCGUGAACCUCGAGGCCGUCGAGCAGGAAAUGGUCUUCAUCAUCCCGAACUUGCUGGCGGAUAUUACACGCCAGACUGAUGAGGAGCUCGAGGGUUUGGCGGCGGAGUCGCCUAAGAAUCAGCGGAAGCGCUUGGAGAUUGAGGCUUCGAGGAAGCGGUUGAUGGAUGCGAAGGGGAAGUUUCAGGAGUGUCUUGGUGGGCUUUAUUGA